AUAAAAACAUUAAAUAGAUAAAGCUUUAUGGGACUUUAGUUUUUAGAAAAGAGGGCUGUUGUAAGGAAGAGGACUCCCCACAGUAAGCAGAAUCCCCACGCCUCCCACACUGCUUCCUCUGUACUGAUUGUCUUGUUUUCACACACUCAACUGAUCGCACUCCAGUCACAGGACAGCAUGACUAGCGGAUACAAGGACGGAACACCUGAAGAGGAAUACACUCACUCACCGUUCAUCAGGAAACAGGGGAACAUUUACAAACCAAAUAAUAAAGAAAUGGAUAACGACAGCAUCAACGAAAAGACACUUCAGGAUGUCCACACCAAGGAGAUUGACCUGGUCAACCGGGACCCAAAGCAUUUAAAUGACAAUGUGGUGAAGGUGGACUUCGAGGACGUGAUCGCUGAGCCUCCCGGCACCUACAGCUUCGAUGGCGUGUGGAAAGCGAGCUUCACCACCUUCACAGUAACAAAGUACUGGUGCUACAGGCUGCUGACGGCCCUAGUGGGCAUCCCGCUUGCCCUGCUAUGGGGCAUCUUCUUCGCCAUCCUCUCCUUCAUCCACAUCUGGGCGAUGGUGCCUUGUGUGAAGAGCUUCCUAAUCGUGAUCCACACUUUCAGUCGAAUCUACUCCAUCUGUGUGCACACCUUCUGCGACCCACUGUUCGAAGCCAUAGGGAAGUGCUUCAGCAGUGUGCGGGUCACAACCACCAAGGUGGUGUAGGGACAGGGAGAAGGAAAAGAGUCAGAGGGAUAGGGUGGGAUGGGGGAAUGGAAACCAAUGUCCGAUGCAGGGAGAUAAAUCACAUGAUAAACCUCUAUAAUAAAGAGGGAGAGAUGGAGGGUUGCACUGUAUUUAGGUGGCCCUUAGGUAAGACUCUCCUCUCCGUCUCUUUUUUUAAUGAGCUUUGUCUCCUCUCAGCUUUGGAUUCCGUGGGGCGCAGGGGACGUGUGUUAAAAAUUCUCAUUUUUUGUCAUUUGUUAGAAUUUAUCAACGUAGGAAUACCGUUUCAGCCUGACUUUUGAAGGGACAGUUCAUGCAAAAGUGCAAAUUCUGGCCCCAUUUACACUAGUGUGUUUUUGUUUUAAAACGGCAUGUAGGCAGCUGCAGUAUUAAAAAAUGCUGAGUUUAACUGCACAAUGGCUGCUAAAAGUGACAACAAAUCCAGCAAAAAUCGCAGUUCAGUCUCCAUGUUAUUGUUUACACGGUCGCCAAGGAUACGCAGAGUGAACAUGGGCAGCCACGCCAUUGUUUCAAAAGUCUCUGUUUUGGUCCGUUUAUUUUGAAAUGCAACCCAGGCGUUUUCAAACUAAAACGGGGUCUGCAGCGUUUUCGCCGGUGUAGUGUAAACGACAGGCAAAACCCUAGCAAAAUGUAUGCGUUUAAAACGAAAACGCACUAGUGUAAACAGGGCCUAAUCCUCAUGUCAUUCCACGUCCGUCAAGCUCCAAAAACACCAUAAAAGUGAUCCACAUGACUUGUGUGCUAUUUUUCAAAUCUCUCAAAAUCAUAUGAAUAAUAUGAAAUAUAGAUCAUGAGUCACAUGUUUUUGUUGUUGUUUUUUUGUGUUUUUUUUUGUGUGUGAUUUUUGUCCUUUUUGGUGCUUGAUGGUGGUCACCAGUGUUGGGGAAAGUUACAAUAUUGCGUUGAUCCCCAAAAAAGUAACUAAUUGCGUUACUUUUUAUGGAAAGUAAUGUGUUACGUUACUUUUGCAUUACUUCAUCUCAUCUGGGCUGGGCUGUUUGUUUGUUUUUAUAACAACAAAAAAGUUCUACUUUUGGCAAAAGUGAAAUGAAUAAGAAAACAAAGUAACUUCAGUUACUUAUUUGAAAAAGUAACUCAGUAAAAAGUAACUGUUGUAAAUUUAAAAGUAAUGCGUUACUUUACUAGUUACUUGAAAAAAAGUAAUCUGAUUACGCAACUCGCAUUACUUGUAAUGUGUUACCCCCAACACUGGUGGUCACUAUCAUUAAAUAGAAUAUAUUUUAUAAAUAUAUAAAUGUAAAAAAUAUAAAUAUAAAAAAAAUGUAAAAUAUAUAAAAAUAAAUAUUUUAAGGUGCAGUCGCAUUAGCAAUCGCUCGGAUUCCUUUUGAAGUAACUGGAUUUCGACCGUGAAAAUUUGCCGAACAAACAGAAAAUGUGACUGCAGUUUUAUCGUUAAAUAUUGCGCAGUUUGGAACGACAUUAGUUUGAGUAAAUAAUGACAGAAUUUUCAUUUUUGGGUGAACUAUCCCUUUAAGAUUUGCUUGCUGGGACAAGGCUGUGAAUUUGUUGUGGGUUUGUUUUUUGUCCCCUAUCGUUCAUUGACUAUCACAUCCACUUAGUCGGUCCAAAAUACUUCCAUUGUGUCAUCUAAACAUUAUAUACAAGAUUCUAAAAGUUUUGCUAUGUUCAUUCUUCCAUUUUGGGUACUAUCACCCUUUUUUUGUCAUCAGUGGGGUUUAUGUAAUCCAAACGUUUUUUUUGGUUUCGGGGAAUCUGAACGAAUUUUCGAGAAAUAAGUAGGCGUGGCCCUGCUGAUGUUAAGACUGCCCGUCACACUGCAUGUUGCUACUAAAUAUGGUGGAUGGCCCGAACAUGGGGCAAAAGAGGUGCCCUCACUGAACCCUUUGUCUACUCAGCAUAUACUAACAAAGAGACUGUUCCUGGCUCUGACAUGUAACGCUUCAAACCGGUCAUCAUGUCAACAGGUUUUUGAGUGGCAGAGAAUGUCUUUACAACUUCCAGAGAGACAUCAUGUGAAGCUAGCAACUAUAGGACAUAAAGCUAGCUAGGUCGUGAACUUUAACACGAAAGCACAUUACCACAGCCUUAACAUUUACUUAAACUUUAUUUGCAGUCUUUAAAGAUGAAGAAUUCGUUUUUUGCAUUUUUUUUUUUUUUAAAUGUUGUUUCUGCAAUACAAAGUGGCAUCAUUUGGUUUGGAAUUUUGUCCCGUAAACAAACCUGUCUGCUUCUCUGUUUAUUCACUGUCACACACACAUUCACAUUCACACACAUACACACUGGCAAAGACUGGCAGCAAACCAAAGUUUCCAGCAUCAGAGGCUGCUGCUAAAGUGGGGUUUAUAUAGUAUUUUGUACUGACAUUAUGCUCACUUCUGUCACCCUUUGUCUACCCGCUUUGACUUUGUCUACCUGCUGUCUUAGUAUCUAUUGCGAUGCAUUUGCUUCAAUGAGUCUGCCUCUGUAGAUGAGAUCGUAUUUUUUUAUGAAAACUGAAAUUCUCUUUCCUUGCUUUUACUGUAAAAUCACAUAAUGCUGUGCACAUUAAAGAAAAUUUAAUAUAAAUCAA